CUGAAUAUGAAAAACUAUUAUAUGGAGAAGUCGUGGACAAAAUCCGUGCAAAUGCAUUUACAGGGUAUAAGCAAACAAGGUCAUUAUUCUAAACGGGGUCAAUAUGUAGAGUUCACGCAAAUCGUGUAUUUGCCCUAUACUUAGUGUAUUCCUCAGCAUCGACACAGACCAGGGGCACUUUGGACUAGUAAAGUUAAUCGCUUGUAAAUAUAGAUUGCGUUAGCAAGUGGCAUACUGCAGACAAUGGCAGACGACGAAUUAACAGUUCUCUACAAUCCAGGAUCGUUUUACUCACAAAAGGUUGCACUAUAUCUGAAGGAGCGGAAUAUUUCGUUCAACGAAAAUAUCAUCAAUUUAGCCGGUGGAGAAACAUACAAACCAUGGUUCCUUAGAAUCAACCCUGAGGGCCAGGUGCCCGUUCUAAAGCACCAAGGGAAAUACAUUCCAGAUUCUAAAGCCAUAAUGGACUAUCUGGAGAAGGCCUACGAUUCGUCUCCGAAGUUGUUACCGCCAACUGGAAGCGAUGAAAGAGAAAAAGUUCAACGUCUCUCAGAGCUAAUCAGUAGCGUUGAGAUAGAAGUAAUAACCUUUGGGAUGAUGAUAUUUCCCCACUACACACAGGAAGGUCACAUCACGGGUAUCAUUGCCCGGCUUGGACGCUGGAGAGCAUCAAAAAUGGGGAAAUACGGAGCGGGGUUUGAAAAAUUAAAGGCAGCUAACCCCGACCUACGGGAGGCAUACAGUAAAAAAGCAGCGUUCUUGAGCAACUUUGUGAAGCGGUUCAAUGAUGAGGCCACAGUGAAAGAAGCUUUGGAAAAGGCGGAAAAAGUUUUUGAUGAAAUUGAAGAUGAACUACGCCUGCGAGAUAUCGCCGGUGGCGACUGGUUAUGCGGCCCAGCCAUGACAGUGGCAGACAUUCACCUUGCAGUUCUAUUCGGGCGUCUCAACUUUCUGGGUUUGAGACAUCGCUACUGGGAAAACGGCAGACGACCGAACACUAAAGCAUACUACCUUCGUCUAAAGAAACGUGACACCUACCGAUCAGUGUGUGAAAAGGCCUUUAAUCCAAUCACAAUGAUGCUUAUUCCAAUGUUGCGUGCAAAAUUGCCAUUGAUAAUAGGUGUCAGCACAAUCGUGGCGGCGGUGGCUGUCGGUUUUCACAUCUGGCGACGUGGGGAUCUUGACCUGGAGAAACUGUGCGAGAAACUGCAGUUUUGGAAAAAUUAAAUAUAGAUAUAAUUAAAUAUAGAUGCAUGCUUAAUCACGCUGUUUUAAUCCCAGGAAGGCUUUAAGGAAAAAACUAAUAUUUUAAGGGAGAUCUCAAAUAAACGAUAGUUAUUCGAUGUAUGUAUGCAUAAGAGUAGACAACUCUUAUACAGGAUAUAUGUAUGGUUGUAGACUAGAAUUAAUUUUAAAAAGUAAAAUGGACCAUGGUUGAUUUUCCAGAAGAGAACCAAAGUGGAUGAGUACUAUCAAACUGAGCUGUGUAAAGUAGGCAACAUGUAAA